AUGCAAUCACUUGAACAGCAAUCUGUACAGAAAAAAAACAAACGGGGACGCAGAGGAGGAAAGAAACAGCAUGAGCCUCAUCCAGACACUUUUGUCUCGUCCUCUACUGUCUCUGCUACCCAUGAGAAUGCUGCAUUCGAUCAUGACACUACUUGUCCAACCACAAAAAACUCGAAUGAAUCUAUUCCAUUGCUGGAUAUCAUUAUUGAUCCUACUGGCAAUGCAGAUUCAUUGAUGGAUUCCAAUCACAAAAACGACAGAAGUGAUGAUGACCAAAACAAUCCACCUCGUAAAAAAACACGACGAAGUAAGCGAGGCAAGACGGCACAUUUCCCUGAGCCUGACUUUAUGCCUCAGCAAGAGACUGUGCAGGCAGCUGCAUCAUCAGAGAUAAAAUGGUCGGCUGCAUCCACCGACCCAUCUACUUUAUUCAACCAGACUGAUACCGAUCAAAAAGAUGCGAUUGACCCUGUCGAUCCAGACCUUCGUCAGUACUUUGAAAAUAUAGAAAAAAUGCUCGAAGAGCAAGAGUUUGAAACCCCAUCGGAUCUGCAUCUCUUCAUCAACAACGUUUACUCUGAAAUCCGUGGAAAAGAGCUUUUGGUUUCCGGAGACUUUGCUACCUCUCGUGUGCUAGAGAAACUCUUGCGUGGAUCAAGUGAUGUGCAAGUUAGACUAUUUUUAAAGUCUGUGAAUGGGUGUGCGUUGAAAAUGUUUAUGCAUCAGUUUGCUUCCCACGUUAUGCAGACUGCAUUGGGAAUCGCUGCUGGAAUAGUGGAUCGCGAAGUCCGAGGCGAAUCAAAGCAAGCAGUUCACGACAGCAAUGAUGAGCCAGUCGAUGAAGAGUUUCAAGCUCUUGUCAAUGACCUUCCAUCUAUGGAAACCCUUUUGCUAUCUUUGUGUGAGGAGUUGAAAACAGAAUGGUCGAACCUGUUGCUUGAUCCGUAUGGAUCUCAUGUUGUUCAAACGUUGUUGAAUGUGCUAUCUGGUCAAACUCUUGCAGAUGAAAUUCGAAUGCGUAGUAGAAAAUCUAGCAACUACAACAAAAACCAUAAUAACUUUUCCAAUGCAAAGCAACUGGGAACUACUCUUCUUACACCAGCGUCAUUUGCAAAGCUACAAGCAUUCAUUGUGGAUUCACUUUCUACCAACCUCAAGGACACUGAUUUACGUGAGAUGGCUUUCCAUCCGAUUGCUAACCCUGUUCUACAGAUUCUAUUAGAGAUUCCUCAAUCUAGUGAUUCUCUUAUUGCUGCUUUUUUAAAGGAUGGCAGUUUUUUUGACUCUCUACUUGAGCAUCAUGUCGGAUCUCAUUUGGCAGAAAAAUUGGUCAGUAAAGCAUCUGCAGAUACCUUUAAAAUCCUGUAUAAUCAACAUAUCCGUCCCAAAUUCUUGGCUCUGUGCAACCAUCAGUUUGCAAACUUUAUCAUUCAGCGUACUGUGAGUAAAGUCAGCACUGAAUCCCAACUUGUUGAGAUGUUGGAUAUUGUCGAGCCUCAUUUUGCACGCAUGCUAUUUCAAAGCCGAGCAGGUAUUAUUCUCAAGAUUGUCGAAUCCUGUAUCACAUUCCCAAAUAUCCAGCCGCGUAUUAUGGCAUGUCUUUACAAAGCAUUUGAAGUUGACGAAGAUGAAGAAAAGAAAAAAAUGUUUGCAACCUUGGUGCUUCAUCUUUCUACCUACGAUCGCUUUCAGCAAUUUGUACGACUUCCUAAUGUUCAAGGUGCACUUAUUAUCCAGCACAUCUGCAGCUACUCUGCACACUGCUCCAAGCCAUGUUUGGACAGUAUUUUAUCCAUUUCAAAACAAGACAUGCUAAAGUGGAUUUCAGAUCCCAUCUCAUCUCGUGUGAUUGAAUCCAUUCUUUCAAGUGCAACCAUUGCAGUCAAAUUCAAGCGCCGUCUUAUUCGUAUUUUCUUUGGCUCGUUUGUCGAUCUCUCUAUAGACAAGUAUGGAAGUCAUUUUGUUGACAAGUGUUGGGCUGUAGCAAGUUUGGAUGCUCGACAGACUAUUGUGGAAGAACUGGCUGAACGGUUACCUACUUUGCUUGGAAAUUUCCAUGCCAAAUUUAUUGUACGGAAUUGCAGUGUUGAGCUAUUUAAAAGAAAUCGCGGAGAAUGGAUGGAAAAGCAACGUAUAGAGAUUAGUAGACGAGAUAAAGUGGAGUCUGAAAGGAUCAAGGAAGCUGAAAAUAGUGCUGCUGCGAAUGCUUCUGUUGAUGCAACGCCUGUCUGUGAUGAUCCCAAAGCAAGUGAUAUGACUGACGAGAAAAAGAGUCUCAAACAAAAAAAGAAGAAUAGUAAAAAGGCUAAAAUUCCAAAUGAGAUUGACGAUCUAUUUGCCAAAAAACUCAAAUAA